AUGUCCCGUCCCCCUUUUAACACCAACGUCUCCUUCGAGGAGAAGCCGCCCACUCCCCGACGACAGUCGAAUAGGACAGGCGCGCCUCCCCCGGUCCCGAUGAAGGACAACGGCGGCUCGAAGGACGGCUAUGGCCAGCCUAUUCCGACGCUCGGAUAUGAGGAAGCUGGAUAUGCUGGCACCAGCUACCAGGGCUUUUCGCAGAGCGCUGGCGCCAACGUCGGACGAAAGAAGUCGAUGGUUCGUCCGGAGCGUGAGCGCAUCGAGCCCGGACACCGUCUCUACCACUACCGGGAACACGCUGCUGCGGAUGACGUCCGUGUUCAGCCGUCCACGACUGGUAACCAGCCAUACGCUCCUCGCCAGGGCGGAGCUACCGGUCUCCGCCGCGGCAAGUCGGUUCUCGGCCGUGACGGUGACCUCGAACAGGAGUCUGGUCUCAACCUGUUCAAGCGCGGAGGCACUAUCCGACGUAAGGCGUCUCGCGCCGCGCCGCGGCCAUCGGACGGCACUGGGGAGCCUCCCGAGAAGCCUCGCGGCUGCUGCUCCAACAUUGCACCUGGUCCAGUCGACGGAUGGAUGAUCUACUGCUUCGUCAUCACAUGCUGGAUCCCCAACUUUAUCAUCUCUGGCGUCUUCCGCAAGAAGACCCCUGAGGCUCAGCGAGCAUGGAGGGAGAAGAUGGGCAUCGUCGCCAUCUGUGCCGCCCUUAUGGCCAUUGUCGGUUACAUUACUUUCGGUUUCACGCAAACGGUCUGUGGUAAGCAAGGCGCCCGUAUCAAGGGUGAGAACAUUUCGGUUUCGUCUGUCAUCAUCAACGGCUACAACUACGAUCUCGGAACCUGGAAGCACCCGGCCGUCGAAAACACCGAGUUCAACGGAACGGUUACGCCCCUCUACAUGGAGGACUGGAUGGUUGCUGGCAAGGACGUUUCUUUCCUGUUCCAGAAUGUCGCCGGCAAGUGCCGCGGUGUCAUCACCAAGGCCGAGGGCUCUUCGAUCCCCAGCCAGGAUGACGUUCUUGCCUGGUUCUUCCCUUGCAACCCGUUCCCUUCGAACUCGUCUCUUCCCGUCAACGCCACUGGCUACGACAACGCCAAGAACUGCCACACUUCUCCUACGGCUCGCGAUGAGUUUGAGAAGCUCGGCAAGACCAAGCACAAGGCCGGCGUCGUCUACUACACCUGGGACCAGGUACGUAACGAGUCCAGUUCCAGGGCCCUCGCCGUGUAUCAGGGCAGUGUAAUCGACCUUGGUCUCCUCAAGUGGCUCGACAACAGGCAGGUCAACUACCCCGACGUCUUCAACCUUAUGAUGAACGAGACCGAUCGCUUUGCUCGUCGCGACAUCACGUCCAUGAUGAACCGUGCCGGAUGGAACCGUGAGGGAGACUGUCUUGCGGACACGAUUCGUGUUGGUUUUGUCGACUCCAAGACCAUUGGUUGUUUCGCUUCCGACAUUGUGCUCUGGGUUUCGCUCGUCUUCAUUCUCGGUGCCGUGCUCAUCAAGUUCUUCAUGGCGCUGUUCUUCGGUUGGUUCCUCAGCUGGAAGAUCGGAAACUUCAACAGCGAGUCGUACAAGGACCGUAUGCGUCGCGCCGAGGAGAUUGAGAACUGGACGGACGACAUUUACCGCCCCGCUCCUGGCUACCUUCGCCCGAACGCUCGCGACACUGGUGGCAAGAACGGAGCUGCCGGUGGUGCCAAGAAGGGCCACUUCCUGCCGAAGCAGUCUCGUUUCUCGCGCGCCGACACCAUGAUGAUGCCUUCUUCGCGUCCUGGCACUGGCUACGGUGGCCAGCUCGACCUGAACCGCCGCCAACCCUCAAGCGUGUACGGCAACAGCCUGAUGCCCACCAUGCGCAAUACUCCUCCGGGCUCGCCGAUGCUGCGCGGUUCGCACUCGUCGGCCUCGCUCCCUCUGGAGUCGUCGAUCUACGGUAGCAGCGAGUCGAACUGCCCCUUCCCGUUGAACAACUGCAUUCCCCAGCCUCCUCCGGACUUUGAGCCUUUCGGUUACCCGCUCGUUCAUACCAUCUGUCUCGUUACCGCCUACUCUGAGUCGAUCGAGGGUCUCCGCACUACCAUGGACUCGAUCGCCACCACCGAUUAUCCCAACAGUCACAAACUCAUUCUCGUUGUGUGUGACGGAAUGGUUCGUGGAUCUGGAUCUAAGCAGUUCACUCCCGACAUCGUUCUCAGCAUGAUGAAGGACCUCGUCGUUCCUGAGCAGGAGGUUGAGGCGCACUCGUACGUCGCCAUUGCCGACGGUCACAAGCGCCACAACAUGGCCAAGGUCUACGCCGGUUUCUACGCCUACGACAACGACACUGUCGAGCCCUCGAAGCAGCAGCGCGUUCCCGUCGUCAUGGUCGCCAAGGUCGGAAACCCCAUGGAGCGCAACGAUGCCAAGCCCGGAAACCGUGGAAAGCGUGACUCGCAGAUCGUUCUCAUGAACUUCCUUCAGAAGGUCAUGUUCGACGAGCGCAUGACUACGUUCGAGUACGAGUUCUUCAACUCACUCUGGCGCUGCACCGGUGUUUCGCCCGACAAGUAUGAGACCAUUCUCUGUGUCGACGCCGACACAAAGGUUUUCCCGGACUCGAUCUCUCGUAUGAACGCGUGCAUGGUCAACGACCCCGAGAUCAUGGGUCUCUGUGGUGAGACGAAGAUUGCCAACAAGCGUGAGACGUGGGUCACCAUGAUCCAGGUCUUCGAGUACUACAUCUCGCAUCACCAGACUAAGGCGUUCGAGUCCGUGUUCGGUGGUGUCACCUGUCUUCCCGGAUGUUUCUCGAUGUACAGGAUCAAGUCGCCCAAGGGAGACUCUGGCUACUGGGUGCCCAUCCUCGCGAACCCCGACAUUGUCGAGCACUACUCGGAGAACGUUGUCGACACCCUCCACAAGAAGAACCUCCUGCUUCUUGGCGAGGAUCGUUACCUCUCGACUCUCAUGCUCAAGACCUUCCCGAAGCGUAAGAUGGUGUUCUGUCCCCAGGCCGUGUGCAAGACGAUUGUCCCCGACACGUUCAAGGUUCUGCUCUCGCAGCGUCGUCGUUGGAUCAACUCGACCAUUCACAACCUGUUUGAACUCAUGCUUGUCCGUGACCUCUGUGGAACGUUCUGUUUCUCCAUGCAGUUCGUCGUCUUCAUGGACCUCGUCGGUACCCUCGUUCUUCCCGCCGCCAUCUCGUUCACCAUCUACGUCAUUGUCAUUGCCAUUAUCCCCAGCCAGCCGACCCCGACGAUCUCGCUUAUCCUACUCGCGUGUAUUCUUGGUCUGCCCGGUGUGCUCAUUGUGAUCACCUCGCGCAAGUUUGUCUACGUCGGCUGGAUGCUGUUGUACCUGUGCUCGCUUCCCGUCUGGAACUUUAUCCUGCCUGCCUACUCGUUCUGGCACAUGGAUGAUUUCUCCUGGGGUGAGACUCGUAAGGUCCAGGGCGAGGAGGGCAAGAAGGACGCUGGCCACGGCGACAAGGAGGGUCACUUUGACUCUAGCAACAUCGUCAUGAAGCGCUGGAUCGAGUUUGAGCGUGAGCGCCGCUGGCGCGAGGGGACCAUGUCGCGUGACUCGUACUACGACGUCAUCCAGCGCUCCAACUCGCCCCACGGCGGCCGUUCGUCGACGAACCACCGUUAUUCAAUGGUAUCGACUGCUGAGACGCACCAGUCUGGCUUCAACACGGCCGAGGGAGGCAACAAUGGCCUGCUGCGCUCAGACAACAUGUCGUCGCUGGCCUUACCGCCUUCCAACUCUGACCUGUCGAUGUACAGGCCGAGCCGCAGCCCUGCCGACAACCGCAGCAACAACUACCCGGGCUCGGAGGAGGAGCAGCCGAUCCUUGGCGCCCCCGCCCCCGCGCCCGAGCAGGCGCGGUCACCGCCAGGAUCGCGUGGUGUCUCGUUAGUCGACCGCGGCUACGUCCCUCCCCCGUCGUCGGCGCAGGACCCCGUCCGCCGCGUCGCGCGCAACCACAACCGCCGCUCGUCGUCGCAGGGCGGAAGGAACGGCAACUCGAUGUCGUCGAGCGGCCACAACAAUGCUAGUUUACCCCCUGGUGCCGCCGCGCCCAGGUAUUAG